AUGCUGACGGAGGCACCCGAGCAAUGGAGGACCUUCCUCCACCAAUGUCUAACCAAUCGCAUUGACAUUGACGAAUUCACCGAGCUAUCAGGUCUCCUCCUGACUCGAGCCCCAGUCAAAGAGCAUGAACUGCUAGACUACUUGCUCCAAGCCCGUGCAGACUCAAGCAUCACCUGGGACCCGCUGCUGCCGCUGUACGUUGACGGGCUAUGCAGGGUUGGACGGGUGAAGAGCUCUGCGGCGCUGGCGGGUCUGCUGCGACACUCUUCUAUUCGGGGUGAUGGGCCUUCUACGCUCAUGACUGAUAUUAAGGUUGUGCAGGAUGUUAUGAUGUUUGUUUCUACGGGGUCUAUUCCUAAGACUGCGACUGAGGCGGCGGAGAUUUAUGAAGUGACGGUUGAUUGGAUUGUUGCUGUUGUUGCUUGGCAUCAGAGGGAUGGGGCGACGGGUCUCAUGGAUGAGCCGGAUGCUGUUUCGUUGUUUGAGUCGUUGGGGAUUCUGUUGGCUGCUUUGUCCGGGACUAAUAAGGGGUUGGAGGUUCUGUCCAGUGAUUUUAACCAAGGAUUGAAAGCAAAGCUGGGCCAGGCUUUGUCGUCUUAUUUGCCGCUUUGCUUGGAUGUUUCUCUGCCGUUGAGACAUCGGCUUGAGGAGCUGCAGAAGAUGUUUAAUCUGUAUCCUGACCAGCCAUCUAAAGGUUUGGACGAUCCGAUCAACGGGGUGAAUGUCAACGCACUUCAGUUUGAGUCCUCUGUCAUGGACGGCCCUGUUGUUAAUACUAGAGCUGGACUCUAUGUUUAUAUCAACUCGAUGCUUGUCGGUCGUCCUUUGGUUGAUGACACUAUUUUGAUUAAUUACCUCACCAAUCGAUACCAGGGCCACAACGAUGUGCUCAUCGAGGAAGUUAUCACGGCUACCUUUGAUGUGUUGUCCAACGGUGUCUACCGCAAUGAGUCCCCUAGGACAAUGUUCUUGUUCCGGUCCUUCUUGGUAAACAAGCUCCCUGCAUUCUUUGCCGCCAUCUCAGCGGCAUCCAUGGUCCCAAUAUCCAUGGAGAUGUGCAUCAGUCAGGCUUUGAGUCGCCUGGACCCCAAUGCAUUCCCUUCAUUCUCACAGAUGUUCUCAAUGCAGGGCAGUAGUGUUUUGUCCGACGCUCGCCAGGAAUUCCUUUUCGCUUGUGCUUCACACAAGCUCAUUGAGGAGUCCAGCAUCGAACAACUGUUGGGAGAAAAUCCUAUGCAGACAUUGCCUGGUGGCGGUCCCUAUAUCAAAGACGACAUAAUCUCACAGAUCAAUAACAAUCAUGAGCGGGCUGAGCAGCUCAUUGGGGAGAUCGAGUCGAUGGAGGGCAAUGCUGGCGCAAUCGUUGGCGCGGUGGUCGAGGUCAUGCACAGUCUGUGUCAUCAGAAAGAGACAAUGACGCUGAAAAACAUUUGCAACUCUCUGUCGCGUCGCCCACAGACCCUCGAUGUCAUCUUGUUAUUCCGGAGCGCAAAACAGGUUCUGCAGCCCCUUUGCUCUGUUAUUGACUCCUGGAAAUGGGAUGAGGAUCAGGGUGAGAAUCAGCCUGUCUAUGAUGAAUUCGGUAGUAUCCUGCUACUUGUACUUGCGUUCAAGUAUCGUUAUGACUUGAGUCCGUCCGACCUGGGUAUCUCGAGCAAUGAUUCCUUCUUGCUCAAACUCCUGGACCGCGGCGCUUGCCGUCAAAAACUGACUGGCCUGAGUGAGAAGCAGAAUAAGGACCUUGGUGCAUGGAUCGGUGCUCUUUUCAUUGCCGAGGGCAUCAGUGAAGAGAUUAUGUCUUCUUGCAGUCCACAUGAGUUCUACUUGCUCGUUGCGACAUUGUUCGAUCAAAGUCUCGGCGCAUGCGAGUCUGGGAAACUAGAAUUCGAGACUCUGAAAGGCGGAUUUGAAUAUCUCCUCGAGCCCUUCCUUCUUCCAUCCCUAGUCGUCGCCUUGACCUGGCUUGGAAACCACAUCUGGGAAUCGGAAACCGACCCAACCAUCCCGCUGAAAGCCCUCUACUCCCUUAUCAAACCAAGCUCGAUCUCCGGCGAAGCUCAAGCCAUUCACCAAACAGUCCUCAACAUCACGGCUCGUCCACUAGAGGAACAACUCAAGAACGUGCGCACAAGACACCAAUCACGCACCGAUAUCAAACCCAGUCUAGACGCUCUGGAUCCAUACCUCUCCUUCCGCCGAGUAGGCAGCUGCCACCGCACCGAACUAGACACCUGGACCAACCAAGCAACCGGCGGACUCCUAACCAGCAUCCGCACAACCCUCCAAACCCUAGUCCUCUGGUCCUCAAACCCAGAAAUCAACAUGGCCCCCCAAACAUACACCCACCGCCAACUCCUAACCAGCAUCAGAAUGCUCGGCGCUCCCCGCGUCCUCUCAUCUCUAAUCGAAGAAAUAAAACGCCACACCGAAUCAGGCACCAGCCACAUCGCCCUCGACAUCGCAACAACCAUGAUCUGCGCCCCAAUGCCCGAAUCCUUCGCCGUAGACCAAAACAACUACCACCCCGAGAAACCAGUCCCACGCUGCUCAAUCCUCACACUCCGCGACGCCCUGGCCCUAUCCCACGAUAACGUCCCCAAGAUCUCAGAAUCGGACCCCAUCCGCGCGGAAAUCAUCGUCCGUCUCGCAAGACGCGUCAACGUCCUCACAGCGCCCCCUUCCCAAGUCUCAAAUAUAGACGUGAGCAAUAUAAUCCAGAACCUGGCUCUAGGCGUCGAAGGCGAGCGAAUGGAUCUCGAACCAUCUGCCGCUGACGUGGAGGGCAAUACAGUUGGAGACGAUGAUCCAGAGAAUAUCAACCGCAUGCUCGAUAAGGCUGCUGCGGCUGCUGCUGCGGUUGGUAUGGAUGGUGGUAUGGACUCGGGUAUAGGGUCUGGUAUGGAUGGUGGCAUGCCUGGGAUGGAUAGUGAUAUGGAUGGUGGCAUGGGUCAGGAUAUGGGUCUUGAUGCUGGUGCUGGCAUGGAUGCUAUUGAUGAUGUGCUUAAUGCGGCUGAUAUGGCUGUUGGCAAUCCUGAGUUUUUGGAUUUGGAUAUGGAGGGGAUGUUCUAA